GAAUCUAUAGUGAAAGGGCAUUCUUACUUGUGUUGAGAGAAAUGGCCUGGAAGAUUUGUCUGUUCAUCCUUCUGGCUGUUAGUUGUUGGCAUGGACGUGUCCUCACCAGCUCAACUUUUGAAACUAUCCAAAAAUCGAUUAGACAGUUGGAGGCAGACUUUAAGGCCAAUAUGUCUGAUGUUGCUAAAGGUGAAGCUGUUUUCACAAAUAUGCUGAUAAGCAACCUAUGGUCACAGACUAGUGACAGAAGAAUAUUAAUAGCACAGAUUAUUUCUAAAUACUUGGAAAUGCUGAAUAAUUUAACUAAUUCAACUAACACUCCAAAACAUGUGGUGGAUUUAAAAGAAGCUCUGGAAGUCUACAAAAUAGACUACAGUGACAGCUUGAAGAGAGCAAGUGAUCUAAUUCAGUUGGCAAAGCUUCCGAUGAGUGAUUAUAAAAUCCAGCGCAAGGCUGCAUCGGAAAUGUAUUCGGUCCUACAACAGGUGAAGAUAGAAGAGAACAAAAGAAAACGGAGGAGAAGACGACAAAAUCCCAGAAACCAGAAGAGACACAUACCAAGCUUCAUAGGAUAACACUGUUUCUCU